AUGCCUUCAUGGAGAACGAUCUUGACUGCUGUUCUCAUUGGAGCAUGCUCCGUGGGUGCGAUUGAUCUGGAUCUUGAUGAUCCGAAUUCGAUCAAAGCGGCAGCCAAGAUAGCCGCCACGGAGAUGAUGUCCUACUACACAGGUAACCAUCUAGGUGAUACACCGGGUAAUCUGCCCACCCCGUACUACUGGUGGGAAGCGGGUGCUAUGUUCGGCGCUCUGGUCGACUACUGGUUUUAUACGGGCGACUCGACAUGGAAUGACAUCACGAUGCAAGGCAUGCUGUGGCAGGCCGCGCCGACGGCGGACUUUAUGCCUGCAAAUCAGACCCGGACCGAAGGUAAUGACGACCAAGGAUUCUGGGCGGUGGCCGCCAUGUCUGCGGCGGAGCGCAAUUUCCCCAAUCCACCAGCAGACCAGCCUCAAUGGCUGCAGUUGGCGCAGGCCGUGUUCAACGAGCAGGCCACCCGUUGGGAUAUGGAGACUUGCGGUGGGGGGCUGCGAUGGCAGAUCUUCACCUGGAAUAAUGGGUACAAUUACAAGAAUACCAUUUCAAACGGCUGCUUCUUCAACCUGGCGGCCCGGCUGGCCAAGUACACGAACAACCAGACAUAUGCGGACUGGGCGGUCAAGGUCUGGGAUUGGACCACUGCCCUGGGCUUCAUGUCGCCAGAGUACGAGUUCUGGGACGGGGCGGACGACACGCAGAACUGCACCGAGUUCAACCGCAUUCAGUGGACAUACAAUGCCGGAGUAUACCUCUUGGGCGCAGCCAACAUGUUCAACUACACCAACGGCGAUCCUCUCUGGCAAAACCGUACGCAGAGCAUCUUGGACGCAGCGGGGGUCUUCUUUAUAGACAAUCCCAAGGAUGUAAUGUAUGAACGAGCGUGUGAGACGGUCAACACAUGCAAAGUGGACCAGCGCUCAUUCAAAGCAUACCUGUCGCGGUGGAUGGCGGCGACGACGCAAAUGGCGCCCUUUACGUACGACGCGGUGAUCACGAAGCUGCGGGCGUCGGCACAGGCGGCCGCCCAGGCGUGCACAGGAGGCAGCCAGGGCACCUCCUGCGGUCUGAAGUGGACACAGGGAUCCUGGGACGGGAGCCUGGGGGUUGGCGAGCAGAUGAGCGCCAUGGAAGUGUUCCAGGCGAAUCUCAUCGCUCGGGUUGUACCCCCGGUGACCAACAGCACAGGCGGUACUAGCCAGGGUGAUCCGUCUGCUGGGUCGCAGCCAACUCCCACACAGCCCAGGACCGUCACCCGGACCAUCACUGCGGGAGAUCGCGCAGCAGCCGGCAUCUUGACCGGGUUGAUGAUGAUUGCCGUUGUGGGAUCCACCGGGUGGAUGAUAUGGGAGUGA